AUGGAGUACCCAACCUGGCUUGCAAAUGUCGUUCCAGUCCCUAAGAAAGACGAAAAUGUUAAAGUUUGUGUAGAUUAUCGGGAUCUCAAAAAAGCUAGUCCCAAAGAUAAUUUUCCAUUGCCUAACAUACACAUCUUGAUUGAUAACUGUGCUAAGCAUGAAACACAAUCGUUCGUGGAUUGCUUUGUCGGCUAUCAUCAAAUUGAGAUGCACAAGGACGAUGCUGAGAAGACUGCAUUCAUCACACCGUGGGGUGUUUACAACUACAAGGUAAUGCCUUUCGGGUUAAAGAAUGUUGGCGCUACAUACAUGAGGGCAAUGACCACCCUGUUUCACGACAUGAUCCACAAGGAAAUUGAAGUUUAUAUGGAUAAUGUCAUCAUCAAAUCAAAGAAGGGUUCAAAUCAUCUAAAUGAUCUGCGAAAGUUCUUUGCCAGGCUACGCAAGUAUAACUUGAAGUUAAAUCCCGAAAAAUGUGUCUUUGGGGUUCCUGUUGGAAAGCUUCUGGGUUUCAUUGUCAGCCGUCGGGGUAUAGAACUGGAUCCAUCGAAAAUCAAAGCCAUUAGUGAUCUACCUCCGCUGAACAGUAAGAAAGAGACAGAUGAAUGUCAACAGGCGUUUGACAAAAUCAAAGAUUACUUGUCCAAUCCACCUGUGUUGGUUCCACCAAAAUCUGGUAGACCACUGUUGUUAUACAUAUUAGUGUUGGAUAAUGCUUUCAGCUGCAUUUUGGGACAACAUGAUAUGACUGGAAAGAAGGAGCAGGCGAUAUAUUACAUGAGUAAGAAGUUUACAUCAUAUGAAGCUCGAUACUCUCUAUUGGAGCGUACCUAUUGUGCUAUAUUACUGAGCGAGUUUGACAUAGUGUAUGUUACACAAAAAGAAGUGAAGGCACAGACGUUAGCAGAUCAUAUGGCGGAGAACCCUAUAGAUGAUGAUUAUAGACCGUUGAAGACUUACUUCCCAGACGAAGAAGUAGCUUUUGAAGGGGAAGACAUUUCUGAAGAAUAUGAUGGUUGGAGGAUGUUCUUUGAUAGAGCUAAGAAGUUGAGCGGAUCCGACAUUGGAGUUGUUUUGAUCUCACCAACUAGGCAACAUUAUCCGGUCCGAGGUGAAUGGGCUACCAAGAAUCGGAAGUUGUUACCAUACUUAGAGUGUGUGCAUAGGUUGUGCAAAAGGUUCAUCAAGGCAGAAUUCAAACAUAUGCUAAGGAUCCAGAAUGAAUUCGCAGAUGCCUUAGCCACAUUGUCUUCCGUGAUUCAACAUCCUGAUCAUAAUUACAUUGAUCCUAUUUACAUCCAUAUAUACGAGCAACCAUCAUACUGUUUUCAUGUUGAGGAAGGACCUGAUGGAAAACCUUGGUACAAUGACAUUCGAGGAUAUUUGAAGAGCGGUGAGUAUACAGAGGAUGCAACAAGUGUACAAAAGCGUACAAUUCGGAGGUUAGUAAAUCAAUUCUUCCUAAGUGGAGAAAUCCUUUAUAGGAGGACUCCCGACUUGGGGUUGCUAAGGUGCGUCGAAGCUGGAGAAGCUAGUGGACCGAUUGAAGAGAUAUAUGCAGGAACAUGUGGUCCUGACAUGAAUGGUUUUACAUUGGCCAAAAAGAUCCUGAGAUCGGGAUAUUUCUGGCUAACUAUGGAGACAGACUGUAUUCACUAUGUUAAAAAAUGUCACCAAUGUCAGACUCAUGUAGAUAUGAUUCGAGUUCCUCCCAACGAAAUCUAUGUUACUAGUUCACCUUGGCUUUUUGCAGCUUGGGGCAUGGACGUUAUUGGUCCAAUCGAGCCAGCGACAUUCAAUGUACAUAGAUUCAUUCUGGUUGCAAUUGACUACUUCACCAAAUGGGUCGAAGCCACAUCUCACAAAUCAGUGACAAAGAAGGUUGUGGAUGAUUUUGUCAAAAAUAAUAUUAUCUGUAGGUUCGGAAUUCCUGAGUCAAUCAUCACUGAUAAUGGAACCAACAUAAAUAGUGAUUUGAUGAGAUCAUUGUGUGAGAAAUUCAAGAUCAGUCAUCGAAAUUCUACAAUAUAUAGACCACAAAUGAAUGAAGUUGUUGAGGCUCCAAACAAGAACAUCAAGAGGAUAUUACGCAAAAUUGUCGACAAUCAUAGACACUGGCAUGAAAAGCUAUCAUUUGCAUUGCUAGGAUAUCGUACCACCAUCAGAACUUCUACUGGGGCUACACCUUAUUUUCUGGUAUAUGGUAAUGAAGCUGUGAUACCUGCUGAAGUAGAGAUACCAUCUCUAAGGAUUAUUCAGGAAGCGGAGUUGAGUGAUGCUAAAUGGAUACAAGUUCGGGCGGAGAAUCUGACAUUAAUAGAUGGAAGAAGAAUUAGCGCCAUUUCUCAUGGUCAACUCUAUCAAUAG